AUGCAUGAUCGAUAUGCACCUGGCACAGUGGCACAGGUGCAUGUCAGAGAGAUGCGCAGCUGCUGGUCGUUGAGAAUUCAUUAUUAUUGUAGCGAGUACCGUACCGCACACGCCGCCCACUACAUGCGUCGUCGGUACAUGUCGUAUACGAGGCCAGGCCAGGCGUGGCGUUUAGUCAGCCGUCUCCGCAGCAGCACAGCACAGCAGAACCGAACCGACAGAGCGGUGCACUACUGUCACUACCAGAAUGACUACCAUGAUACGAUCGACGCCGCGCCGCACUGCGACGCCUAUCUACCGACAGUACAGUACGGCCGUUGUGCAGCGUGGCCUCCCUGGUAUACACUGAAGGGCACCCCUUGUGUUGGGACGCUCCGCCAUGAAGCUCUAAAAGUGACACUUCACCCAUUCAUUGUUUCCUGUACCGAGGCUCCUGAUAUCAUUAUCGAAUGCCCGCAGGCCGAUGCGAGACGUUGCGAGCUGAGCCAAGUAGUAGUGAGUCCAGUUGAUAUCUCUUUGUCAUCCUCUUUUCCUCCAUCAGUCAUGCACUCCACUCGCCUUAGCCGAGAUGGCGGACGGGGGUAA